AUGCAAGAUUUUAUCCAUAAAAAGAAAGGGAAUGAGACUCUAGGUAAUGAAACUAAGUCUAAAGAUGAAGAUAAGCAUCCUCCUAAGUCUGAUCUUUAUGAUCAUAAGAAGAAGGCUCAGAUAGAAAAGAAUAGGACUUCUUAUGAAAAAAUUCCGAUAGUUGAUUGAGUUGACUACUUUCUUGAAAGAAGCAAAACAAACAGAGAUGACUCUCCACCUCUAAAUCCUCAAGAGAUAUCUAGCCUGUUAAUAGACUUUUCUGAGCUCUUUUUAAUUUUCGAAGAACUAAACAAGGAAGAGAUUAGUAAAUUUCUAAAUUGUUCAGAUUAUCUCAUCCAGCAUCUCCUCAACAAAACCUCAAUUUUCAAAAACCAAGGACCCUUAUCCUCACUCAGGAACCCUUCCAGCUCUACUGCAUCGUCAUCUAUCCCUCUUCCGAUGCAUUUAGAAGCUUCUUUGACCCAGAGUAUUUCAAACGCUGAUCAAAAUCCCCCUUCUGAAAUCCCCACUCCUUCUUCAAAAGAGCAGUCCAUUCAAAGGAGAUGCUUAAGGGAAGAGAGAGUGGAUAAGGUAUUAGUAGAGGAGCAUGAGAGGAGGAAUAGGUAUCUUCAGGAGAGAAAUCAUUGCGGAGAUGGCAUCAGACAAGAAGAGGAAGCCUGAGAUGACUCUAACCAAAUGGAUGGUGAUGGAUGCUCUUCUGAUUGUAAGAAAAUUGAGGCAAAUUGGAAGUGAAUUCCUGAUCUUUCUAACUUCGGAGACGUUUGUCAUCUCGACUAUCAGAAUUUAACAACAUCUCCAAGAAUUCAAUGGAUAGCUAGACUGACUCUAGCUUUUAUCAUUAUUUCUAUUUUUAUUGAACUAGUCCAAAUUUUCAUUGAAAAGAGUCCUCUUAAAUUAUACUCUUCUACAGUAAACCAAGUUCAGCUGAUUUUGAUUUUGCUUACUCUGCCAUUUGAGUUACCACUGAGUAUUAUGACCUAUUUAAAGACUCUCUCUCCCUUUCUACUAAGUUCAAAUGGGAUAUUCCUUUUGCCAAACUCAAUCAAACAACUAUUCCAUUACCAACAACACAACAAUGGUAUGUAUGUUGCUGGGUUUCACUCUGGAAGCUCUUUUGUCAAUCUAAAUUUGGUUCUAACAGUUCUUCUUUUGCUGUGAAUUGCUCUCAUGAUGGUAUCUUCAAGGUACGUUCGUUCAAAGCUAAAUGAAUAUCCAAAUAAGCUCCAGGUAAUUAUCAUCAGAACUUUCGAGUUCUUGAUUUAUGAGUUUAUCCCAGCAAUUAUUUCAACCAUUUUUAUGGCUUUGUGACAGUCUUGAUUUUCUGAAAUUAGUAGGUUGAACCAACUAAUAAAUACAAGUGCAUGCUCUCUAGUGUUUGCUAUCCUGUGUUGCUUGUUGAUUAUUGUCAUAGUUGGAGUAUCCUUAACAAACUCUAUCCUCUUUGUGAAUGGUAUCCGCUCUUUCUGAUGACAGAACUUACUGUGUUAUCUCAGAACUUCAAAUAUGGCUGCCUAUCAUCCGUUCCUGUACCUUCUGAGGAGAGCAUUACUAGGUCUAUUAUUAGAAUUCUUUCCAAGAUCAAACGUCUUAAUGUUCAUGUUGGCUUUCCUUCUGAUAAAUUAUCUUCACAAUUUGUAUGUCCUCUUAGAAAAGCCAUUCGUCAGCCAGAUUGAUAAUUUCCAAGAAAUUAUGAAUGGAAUCUUUUACUUAUGCUUUGGAGUAAUGGUCUUAUUUGCCAGCCAGAGAGGAAAGUGGGAUAAUCUAAUCGAGCAUGGACUACUGUACUUAUUUGUAUGCAAUAUUGCUUUAAAUCUCAUUAUUUCUGGUGUUUCAUUAAUUAAAAGUAUAACCAAAAGACUCGGAUUUUGAAGAGAUUUCACACUAAAUUGAAGCAUUCCAAAACCCCAGAUGAAAAAUAGCCCUAGGCUACCUCGAAAAAGGACAUUGGUCAUCAUGAUCGAGCCAAUAAGCGCACCAUUAUCCCCGAGAAUCACUGAUUUCUCCAAAAAGCCGCCUUACCUUAGUUCUGGAGCUCUCCAGAGCCGUAUAUGCUUGGCUGAGAAUAUAGUAUAAACUUUGUAGAUAAUUGCCCC